UCGCACGGACUGCGGUAGUAUGCGCGUAUCAUAUUAUUAUUAUUAUUAUUAUUAUUCGAGCGCGGAACGGAAAACCAUCGUACUCCGACACUACACACGAACGGAAUACGGUUGAUAGCAAUAUAAUAUUAUAAUAACAUAAUUGUCGGAUCGUCUCGUCCUGGGCUAAAACGAUCGUCCUACGAUGAGUAAUGUUUUAAUGACGGACAAGUAAACAAUAACAGUUUGUCGGUUUCGCAGUAUCGACCGUAAAACAAUCCGAUAGCGCGAGACACACAUUUUAUCGUUAUUAUUAUUAUUACGAAUCGAUUUCCCGUGUAAUCGUCGCGUAGGUGUUGCCCGUCGUCGCGAACACUCGUCGUCACCGAUGACGAGUCUGUUCAUCGUCGCCGCACAACCGCCGUCCUUAGCGUCCGUCGUCGUGACAAACAGUGGCCGACGAACCACGCCGAUCAUUGCAGCUGUCCACUGAUACAUCGUCGUCACUUCAGUUUCGGCCCGUCAUCGCUCCUCAGGGCUACCGUUGGCGCCGACCGUACGCCACUGACUGUCGUACGAGAGCACCUACUCUCCAGCCAGAAACACCCGCUGCUGGCUUAGCAUGACGCUUGACUACGAUACGGCUAGCCGUGCAGCUCAACUCGUCGAACGUUUGACCAGCACCGGCGAAAACGACGUGGAUCACAAAUUGUACGACGAAAUAGAAAACAUCUGCAAAAAAUCCUCAAUCUACAUCGACAGAGUUCAUGCAUUACUAUUUCAUCAACUCAAAGAGAAACAUUCUCAAAUUCGUUUGAGUGCACUCCGAAUUUGUAAUCGUCUUUUUAAGAAAUUUGAACAUUUUAGAAAAUUAAUAAUCCUCGAUAUUUCGGUUCUCCUAAAACUCACAAUUAAUACGGAUGCGGGACGAACGUUGCCUCCGCCUAAGAAAUUCGCAGCGGAUUUAGAAAUUUAUUCCAUUAAAUGCAUUAAGGAAUGGAGUGACGAGUUUGGGAAAGACUUUAAAGACGAAUUUAAUUUUGUGUUUAAGUAUUUAAACAAGUACAAAAAAAUUGAUUUUGAAUCGAUGACCGUACUAUCCGUCACCGAAGCGAAACUAUUGGAGGAUAGACAACUGCGACAACAGCGUAUCAAUGAAGAAAAAUUAAAAAAAAUCGAGUCCGAAAUAUGUGAACUCGAACCGGAAAUAACUAUUGCGGCUAGAACCCUGGAGAGUUGUCUGGAAUUGCUAAUUCCCACUCCGGAAGAUUUUUGUAUACCUGAAGCGGAGAAAGACAUUGUCCCUCCAUCGAACCCUUCAGAACUUUCGUCGUUAGAUACAGAACGAAAAAUUUCCGCCGGGGUUGAUUCGAGCAAUGAAAACGAAAGGAGCAGAGAAACUGGUAUAAUCGACCCUGCAGCGCACACCGUGACAGUCACGUUGAAACCAAAUUUUCAGAAGAGGGUGAAGAAAUCCGAAGACAACUUGGCUAUAAUUGAAAGUGCAAAUGAGCAAGUAAAGCUCAUAUCCGACAAGUAUUUGCCAAGAAUCAAAAAAUGGAUGCAAGACAUAGCAAAAAUUUCGAAUGGAGAACUCUUGAAACGAGCGAUCGAACUCAAGCAGCAUUUAACUGACCUAAUGAGCCGAGAAAACAAAAUCACGUACUAUGGAGACAGUGAUGAUGAUUGUUCUAGCGAAUCGGACAUGGAAGAAGUCCUUCCUAAAUCUUGUGCCGAUGAUCUGUUGGCUCAAUGUUUAGCUAAAACUGAUAAUAAUGUUCAAAAUUAUGGUAGUAAUCGCGAAGAGUCUGUAAAAGUUCCAGAGAGAGAUGAAAAUCGCAGCGAUGUUGUAGUCGUGCCCAAGUUACCGUUCGACAUUGAUCUAUAUCACUGGGAAGACGAACAACUUUCAGCUCCUCGUAUUUUACCUACAAAUCAAGAUGGUCAUAGUUUUUGGACUUCAAAUUCUGUAAUGGACACUGACUGUGAUGGUAUUAUACAGCCAGGAGGAUCUGAAAUUUUACGCACUCGAGUUAUUGAAUUUACUGGUAAAUUCGAAAAAGUUGAUCGACAGUGUAGAGCCCCAUUGCCAAGUGGAAGAUUAUGCCCUAGAGAAGACCGUUUUAAGUGUCCGUUUCAUGGACGUAUUGUACCUAGAGAUGAGCUCGGCCGUGUUGUCGAUCCGGAAAACAAAAUAAUUUUAGAAAAAGAAAAAAAACAGAAUGUACCUGAUUGGCAAGAUCCACAGUUGCUUAGAGAUAUACAGCAUCAAACAGGGGUUGAUCUUAAAAUGCCGGAAAAAGGAAGUAAAAGGAAAAGAAAAAGAAAUUCAAAUCUGGCCAAUUUAAAAAAAGAACAGGAUACUCCACGCUCCCGGCUGGAAAAGAAAGUGUUCAAAAAAUCAUCUGUGAAGAAAGUGGCUAACAUUUUAGAUGGUAUAGAUCAGAGGAAAUUUCGUGACAAAUUUGGAGACCAAUUCAAUUAUGUUCACGACACUGCUUAAUUUAUGUGUGUCUUAUGUUUUUUCUAACUAUUAAGUAUUGUAACUUUAAGCUAAUAAUAUUAAGUUAAAAAUUAGUAUAAUUGAAUUAUAUGAAAAAUGUUUACCUUACGUAAUUGAACUAUUUUGUACAUUUUUGUAAUACUAUAUAUAAGUUAAAUAUAAAUUAUAAUGUAAUAUGUUUGUAAUUAUAUACAUAUAUAGCGAGA